CCUCCGCGGAGAUGGAUGGGCGCCCAAUCGAUGUGGCGCUCGCUAGUGCCCGCAUUCAUCGUGGAAUCGAAUUUAAAACGCAAAGCGCUCACUAGGGUUUAUGCUAAGGUAGAGAGGGAGAAAGAGAGGCUAAGAGCCCUAAAUUUUGGGCGAUUCCAGAUGCUGCGUGUGGCGCUCGCGCGAGUGAGGGCGUGUCGUGGGGUAGCAUGGCAGCUGGAAUGCGCAAUGGCGGCGCAGGGAAGAGGCAUAGCAGGUCUGGGUUUUGCGUCGCCGUCGAGGGUUUUGCGUGGCGCCGACGACAAGGAUAUCGAUGAUCUCGGCAUCGCCACGGGUCUGGAGCGCGAGGAGCUGGAAUUCGCGAAAGCUGGAAAGAAGAGAUGGGACGAGCCUCCGGUUGGACCUUUUGGAACUGCGGAAAAACCAGCAAUCAUCGAGUCUUGGUACGAUGAGCGAAUCGUUGGAUGUCCAGGAGGCCCCGGAGAUGACGAACACGAUGUCAUCUGGUUCAAGCUGAAGAAGAACGAGCGCCACGAAUGCUCCAUUUGUGGACAGAUCUUCGAGCUCAAAUGCAUUGGACCUGGUGGACCUCCAGGAGGACACCAUGGCUCUCAUCACUAAGCUCGGGCUUCUUUUUUCCAUGGUUGGAGUUUUUUCCUUUUCUCUGCCGCAUGCUUCCGCUGACAAAAUUUUCUUUUCUUGGUUGUGGGGAGGCAAAGCAAACCGGCUUAUAAAACAAGACUUUAGUGCACACAAAUAACACCCACGCUCCUUUUUUCCUUCUGAUUGUAGUAGAGAAAGAACCAAUUUGAUGAUAAUGAAGAGACCAAUGGUUUUGUAUAAA